CCGGCGGCAGCAGCAGCAGCAGCCCCCGCCGCCCGCGCUUGGCCCCCGGGCCGCAGCCAUGGCCCCCCCGAGCGUCGGAGCCCCUUCGGGUCUCGGCGGGCGCCCAGCCGGCGCGCUGCUGCUCCUCUGCUACCUGGCUCGCCCCAGCUCGCCAGAUUUCCACCCUGUUCUCUCGGGUCGGGCCGCUGUCCGCCGACGCUGCCGGCCGAGUCCCGCGUUCCCGAGCGCGCCCCAACUCCUCCGUGGCCACUCCGGCCAAGUUGCGGGAGCCGGGAAGAAAGCUGGUUCUUUGGAGCACGCUCGCCGCCACACGGGGGACUUUAGCUGCGUCUCGAGACGCUGUGGUUCCCGGUGUAUGCUGGCCCGGUGGCUCUCAGCGUGCAGUCCGCACACUUCUGGGCGGUCUGCUUUAGUCAUCAACUCCAUGGCGGUAACCUAUUUUCCGAGACCGGUCGUUCAGCGCGCCAGAGUAAUUGAGACUCGCGGAACAAGAAUGUUGUCCCCUCCUUGGGCAGACAGACUUCUCUGACGACAUCCGUGAUGUCACAGCCUGAGCCGAGCAGGGCUUACAAAGACUUCAUCUACUUCUCCGCCUUUGAGGGGAAGGUGCGUAAUGUGUCGGAAGUCUCGGUAGAGUACCUGUGCUCGCAGCCCUGCGUCGUCAACCUGGAGGCUGUGGUCUCAUCGGACUUCCGCAGCAGCAUCCCCGUGUACAAGAAGCGCUGGAAGAACGAGAAGCACCUACACACUAGCAGGAGGCAGGUGGUCCACGUGAAGUUCCCCAGCAUCAUGGUCUACAGGGACGACUACUUCAUCCGUCACUCCAUCUCCGUGUCGGCCGUGGUCCUCCGGGCCUGGAUCACGCACCGAGACAGCCACAGCGGCCGGGACGUGGACUUCAAGUGGGAGGAGAACCUGCUUCACGCCGUGGCCAAGAACUACACGCUGCUGAAGAGCGUCCCCCCCUUCCAGCGCCCCUUCAAAGACCACCAGGUGUGCCUGGAGUGGAACAUGGAUUACAUCUGGAACCUUCGCGCCAAGCAGAUUCCCCAGUGCCCGCUUGAGCACGAUGUGGUCACCCUCCUGGGCUUCCUCUAUGCCUCCAGCGGAGAAAACACAGGCAUCGUGAAGAAGUUCCCGAGGUUUCAGAACCGAGAGCUGGAGGCCACCCGAGGCCAGCGGAUAGAUUACCCAGUGUUCACUGUUUCAUUGUGGCUUUAUUUACUCCAUUACUGCAAGACCAACCUCUGCGGAAUUCUCUACUUUGUUGACUCUAAUGAGAUGUAUGGCACACCUUCUGUGUUUCUCACCGAAGAGGGCCACUUGCAUAUUCAGAUGCAUCUUGUCAAAGGAGAAGACCUUGCUGUCAAGACGAAAUUCACUGUGCCUUUGAAGGUGUGGUUUAGACUGGACAUCUCUUUCAGUGGAGGCCAGAUAAUAGUGACCACCAGCCUUGGACAAGAUUUGAGCCCCUACCAUGAUCAGAUCAUUAGUUUCCAGGAGGACUUCCAUUACAAUGACACUGCGGGCUACUUCAUUGUUGGGGGGAGCCGUUAUGUGCCUGGUGUGGAGGGCUUCUUUGGACCCUUGAAAUACUACCGUCUCCGCACCCUGUUCCCUGAACAGAUUUCAAAUCCCCUCCUUGAGGACAAACUUACUGAACAAAUUGAUUCAUAUUAUGAAAGGUGUGCGGAAGUGCAAGAAAUCGUGUCUGUGUACACAUCCACGCUGCCUCUGGAGACUGGACUGCAAAAUGCAUGUAGUCCCCGUGACCCCUACCUGGACCUGAAACGCAGGCACAGCAGACUCUCUACGUGUGCAGCCUUCCCCUGGGAGAAGGGGCUCAGGAACCAGCACCCGGCCUUGUUCCAGGCCUUGCUGGAGAGGAGCUCUGCCGCAGAGCCGGGGCGCCACAACGCCUCUGUGUUAGAGAUCGGCGGGAAGAUAUUCGAGAAGGCUGUAAAGAGACUCUCAGGUGUGGAUGGGCUGCACCAAAUUAGCUCUGUCAUCCCCUCGCUGAUGGAUGCCAGCUGCUGUGGAUGCCAUAAAGCAUCCUUCUACCUCUCCGUCUUCUACGAAACGGGAUUAAAUGUGCCCCGGGACCAGCUGCAGGGCAUGCUGUAUAGUUUGAUCGGAGGCCAGGGCAGUGAGAGGCUGUCUUCCCUGAAUCUUGGCUACAAACACUACCAGGGCGUCGACCGCUACCCGCUGGACUGGGAGCUGUCCUACGCCUACUACAGCAACAUCGCCACCAAGACGCCCUUGGACCAGCACACCCUGCAAGGAGACCAGGCCUAUGUUGAAACAAUUAGACUAAAGGAUGAUGAAAUACUCAAAGUGCAAACCAGGGAAGACGGAGACGUUUUCAUGUGGUUGAAGCAUGAGGCAACCCGGGGCAACGCUGCAGCUCAGCAACGACUGGCCCAGAUGCUGUUCUGGGGCCAGCAAGGGGUGGCCAAGAACCCCGAGGCAGCGAUCGAGUGGUACGCCAAGGGAGCCCUGGAGACUGGAGACCCUGCACUCAUCUACGACUACGCCAUCGUGCUGUUCAAGGGUCAAGGAGUGAAGAAGAACAGACGGCUUGCCUUACAGCUGAUGAAGAAGGCAGCUUCCAAGGGAUUGCAUCAGGCAGUCAAUGGCCUGGGGUGGUAUUACCAUAAAUUCAAGAAAAAUUAUGCCGAGGCGGCAAAGUACUGGCUGAAAGCAGAAGAAAUGGGAAACCCUGAUGCCUCAUACAAUCUGGGAGUCCUGUAUUUGGACGGCAUUUUCCCAGGAGCUCCCGGGAGGAAUCAGACUUUGGCUGGAGAGUAUUUUCACAAGGCUGCCCAAGGCGGACACAUCGAAGGGACCUUGUGGUGUUCCCUCUACUAUAUGACAGGCAACCUGGAGACCAUCCCCAGGGACCCUGAGAAGGCAGUUGUGUGGGCAAAACACAUUGCUGAGAAAAAUGGCUACCUGGGUCACGUGAUUCGAAAAGGCCUCAAUGCCUAUCUGGAGGGCUCCUGGCACGAGGCUUUGCUGUAUUAUGUUUUAGCAGCAGAAACUGGAAUUGAAGUGUCACAGACGAAUUUAGCACACAUCUGUGAGGAGAGGCCAGACCUGGCCGAGAGAUACUUGGGUGUUAAUUGUGUUUGGCGAUACUAUAAUUUCUCUGUUUUUCAAAUCGAUGCUCCUUCAUUUGCCUAUUUGAAGAUGGGAGACCUUUAUUACUAUGGCCGGCCGAACCAGUCCCAGGACCUGGAGCUGUCUGUGCAGAUGUAUGCCCAGGCAGCACUGGAUGGAGACUCACAGGUCCUUCCAUGUGAUAGCCCAGGACUGGAGCCCAGGUUCCCGCUCAUGGGUUUUUUUAACCUGGCCCUGCUCAUCGAGGAAGGUGCUGUCAUCCCGCACCAUGUCCUGGAGUUCUUGGAAAUUGACCCAGCCCUCCAUGCCAACAACCUCUCCAUCCUCCAAGAACUAUACGAAAGGUGCUGGAACCACAGUAGCGAGGAGUCCAUCAGCCCCUGCACCCUGGCCUGGCUGUACCUUAACCUGCGGCUUCUCUGGGGUGCCAUCCUCCACUCGGCGCUGAUCUACUUUUUGGGAACCUUCCUGCUGUCUGUAUUGAUCGCCUGGAUUGUGCAGUAUCUCCAGUCCAUCUCAGCCAGUGGGACCCCUCCAUCACCAGCCAGAGCCUCUCCAGACGCCACUGCUCCCCCUGCCAGUCCAGCUGUGCCUCUGGAUGAAGAAGCGUCGGUGCAGGACCAGCCCGUAGCCCCCAGUGUCCCAGAGCCCCGGAGGUGACCGUCUUCGAGGGAUAACGGAGAAGCUUUGCACUAAGCUGGUACUGGCGAGCAGGGUCCUCUACUGAGAAACUCCUUCUUAAAUGUGUCUUGUCAACUGGAUGCAAACUUUGCACUUGGUGUCUUUUGUUCUUCUUUCUCCCAAUCAAAUGACAAGAGAGUACCCAGAGCAGACAGUGAUUAGACCAAAGCUUAUCCCACAAAUCCAAGGGGCAUCCUCACCAUCAGGGCAUGUUGGGAGCUUCACUAAUGGGUUACAGCGGGUGUCUGGUCCUGGUGAGUGUGUUGUGGGAGGGUGGGGAAUAGUCUGUCUCGGAGCAUAUCUGAAUCCUUGUGCUUCCGGGGGCAUAUUUCCAAAAUCCUAGCCCCUUGCUCAUUCCCUUUCAUUAAAGAACAGCACACUGUUACUUCUCUCAGAGCUAGAAAAUACUUGGGGACAUUUCGGUACGUGUGUUGGCUACAGCCCAGCUCCUCAGAAUCCUAAGGACUGAUUUCAAUCUGACGCCCAAGGCCCAGUCACUCAAUGGCAUCCUGAAGUAAAUAAAUAGGUUCUAGCUGAAGCGGUGAGAAGUGGCAAGGCUUUUGUGAACAGGUUUACAUGUGUCUCCUUAAAUCUUUGUUUUCCCUAGGACCCUCAUGCUUCCGAAUCAUUCAAUGACAUUGUCGGCUCUCGUUCCCUCUUUGAUUGCAGUCCACACAGCGGCUUUUAGAAUAUUCUUAGUAAUUUAAGUGCAGUCUUUUCCAUGACUCGCCCACUAGAAUAGAUUGGUGGCACUGGAAUCCACAGGAUACAAGCCUUUAGCUCGUAGUCUCAUCUCUCCUCCCCACACACUUUCUUCAUGCCUGCCUGAGCCUGUGCAGGGGUGUGUGUGUGUGUGUAUGUAUGUGUGUCCGUCCACACGUGUGUGCAUGUGACAGGAAAAGGAAGGGCAGACUAUCUGUAUAUUGUAUGCUGCUGAGGUAGUCAUAAAUCAGUAAUGCAAUAUUGUGGGUCCAAACUACUCUUUGCACUACUUUAUUUACAGUAGUAAAUAAAAAUUAUUUUUAUACCACUGA